AAGGAAUCGUUGUAUCGUGAUAUUAUUGGUGUCGUGGACGAUGUAUCGUGAGGUAACUUGUGAUUCCGACCCCUUCUAGUCAGUACAUAAGGACAAAGAAAUGAACUGCACAUCAACGCCAACGUGCGGUCAUUGCGGUCAAUUCACUCGUGCUGUGGCAGGAAGCCAGAGAAUCAGCGUCUUUGUCCCAUGAGCGACAGCUGUUUUCGGAACCUAGCAGAGGACCGCAGUGGCAUCAACCUCAAAGAUCUGGUACACGACCCCUCCCUGUUGGGAGGGAUGAUCUCAGCUUACAAGAUAGUACCAGAUGAGAUAGAUGAAAUCAAGGAGACGCUGGUGGAUUGGUGCGAUGAAAAGGAACUUAACCUCAUCCUGACCACCGGAGGCACAGGCUUCGCGCCGAGAGACGUCACGCCAGAGGCCACUAAAGAGGUGAUAGAGCGCGAGGCUCCGGGGAUGUCUUUGGCAAUGCUGAUGGGAUCCCUUAAUGUCACACCGCUAGGCAUGCUUUCCAGACCAGUGUGUGGGAUCAGAGGGAAGACGCUCAUCAUCAACUUACCAGGAAGCAAGAAAGGCUCCCAGGAAUGCUUCCAGUUCAUCUUGCCAGCGUUGCCGCACGCCAUCGACCUUCUCCGCGACGCGGUGGUGAAAGUAAAGGAGGCGGCGGACGAGCUGGAGGACCUGCCGUCGCCGCCGCCGCCCCUCUCGCCGCCGCCCAACAGCUCGCCGCGCCGCCAGACGGAGGACAAGGGCGUGCAGUGCGAGGAGGAGGACGAGGAGAAGAAGGACAGCGGCGUAGCGUCCACCGAGGACAGCUCCUCCUCCCACAUCACAGCCGCAUCCAUCGCCGCCAAGAUCCCAGACUCCAUUAUCUCGCGGGGUGUGCAGGUGUUGCCUCGGGAUACAGCCUCCCUCAGCACCACGCCCUCGGAGUCGCCCCGCGCCCAGGCCACCUCCCGCCUCUCUACAGCUUCCUGUCCCACCCCGAAAGCGCGGCUCCCCUCCUGUUCAUCCACCCUAAGCAUUGCUGAGGCCUCACGGAGAGAAUUCAGGGCUCACCUGGAUGAGGUCAUCACGCUCAAGUCAAGGUACUCUACCUUGGACCAGCUCCAGUGUAGGUUGGAGGGGCUUAAAGAUGAUCGCAGGAGGACCUUCAGCUCUCGAGUGCAGUCACGAUGCAGCAGCAAAGAAAACAUCCUAAGAUCAAGUCACAGUGCAGUGGACAUCACUAAGGUGGCCCGAAGGCACCGCAUGUCCCCCUUCCCCCUCACCUCCAUGGAUAAGGCCUUCAUCACUGUGCUGGAGAUGACCGCCGUCCUGGGCACUGAGAUCAUUAACUACAGAGAUGGGAUGGGUCGAGUCCUGGCUCAGGACGUUUAUGCCAAAGACAACCUGCCACCUUUCCCUGCCUCUGUUAAGGAUGGUUAUGCUGUGAGAGCGGCUGAUGGCCCAGGCGACCGCUUCAUCAUCGGUGAAUCCCAGGCUGGAGAGCAGCCCACUCACACAGUGAUGCCUGGUCAGGUGAUGAGGGUAACGACAGGUGCUCCUAUCCCCUGUGGGGCCGACGCUGUCGUCCAGGUGGAAGACACUGAGCUCCUGCGCGAGUCUGAAGACGUAAGUGUGGAUUUUCACCCAACAUACAGACAACAAGGCACAGAGGAGCUGGAGGUACGAAUCCUCGUCCAGGCUCGUCCAGGGCAGGACAUCAGGCCUAUUGGUCACGACAUCAAGCGUGGCGAGUGCGUGUUGGCAAAGGGAACCCACAUGGGCCCGUCUGAAAUCGGUCUCCUGGCCACGGUUGGAGUCACAGAGGUGGAGGUCCAGAAAUUCCCCGUGGUGGCCGUCAUGUCCACGGGAAACGAGUUGUGGAAGCUGCUGAAUCCAGAGGAUGACCUCCAUCCUGGGAAGAUCAGGGACAGCAAUCGUUCCACCCUGCUGGCCACAAUCCAGGAACACGGCUACCCCACCAUCAAUCUGGGCAUCGUGGGAGACAACCCCGAUGACCUUCUCAACGCUCUGAAUGAAGGCAUCAGCCGUGCUGAUGUCAUCAUCACCUCAGGAGGAGUGUCCAUGGGAGAGAAGGACUACCUUAAGCAGGUGAUGGAUAUCGAUCUUCAUGCUCAGAUCCACUUUGGUCGUGUUUUCAUGAAACCAGGUCUCCCAACAACAUUUGCAACCUUGGACAUAGACGGUGCUCGCAAACUAAUCUUUGCCCUCCCAGGUAGAAACCCUGUGUCCGCUGUUGUCACCUGUAAUCUUUUUGUCAUCCCUGCCUUAAGGAAGAUGCAGGGCAUUUUGGACCCUAGGCCUACCAUCAUCAAAGCGAGGUUGUCUUGUGAUGUGAAGUUGGACCCUCGCCCUGAAUACCAUCGCUGCAUUCUGACAUGGCAUCACCAGGAACCACUGCCAUGGGCACAGAGCACAGGGAACCAGGUGAGCAGCAGGCUGAUGAGUAUGCGCAGUGCUAACGGGCUCCUGAUGCUACCUCCAAAAACAGAGCAAUACGUGGAGCUGCACAAGGGCGAGGUGGUUGACGUCAUGGUCAUCGGCCGGCUAUGAUGUCAUCACAGCAGGACGGCGAGCUUGGCGUCAUAUAGCGCGGGUUGGAAUGGGUGGUUCACGGUGCAUGUCCACAUAUCAUUGACUAUUCUGUAAUAUGCAACGGCACAGCUAGUUUUUAUUGAUUUGGAUAACGUUGAGGUAUAGUCAACAUCUCGAUCACAACCUAGAUACAUAUGAAGAAAAAAAUAAUAAUUUAAAAAGAUUAUAGUAUUUCAAACAAAGAAAAAUAUAACUUUUAAAUGAAAAAAUCAAAUUAUAAAAAGAGAUUUAUUCUGUAAUAUAUUAUUAUGAUUAUUCUUCUUAUUAUUAUCAUUAUUAUUCUUAUUAUCAUUAUUAUAUUAAGGCAAAUUUGUUCCUUUCAUUGCAAUUGCUUUGUGUGUUCAAUGCUAGACCUUAUCUAUAGCAGUAGCAUUUUAAUAGACAGCUGUAGGUGCCUGCCAGGACAAAAAAAAAAGAAAAUUAUUAUUUUCUCAUCGUUAGUGGAAAAAAAAAAAUCUGUUUUUUGAAAAAUGAAGAAAACAGUGAGGAAGACCACAGAUUUCCCACAGUGUUCAGCGAAAGAGGAAGAGGGGGCACACGGAGGCCACCUCCUCUUUUGAGCACCCAUCAAGGUGACACUUCUGUUUUUCUCUCAUUAGUAUGCAUCAUAAUGGCUUCACAAAGAGCUUUGCUUGUUGUUUAUCUUGUGAGUCUUGUUUAUGUGCGCAGUGCCAAAUGCCUGGGCAGGGAAGGUGAUGUUGGGAGAGCGAGAUCUGGGGGGGGGGGACAUGCCCCAGUCAGCCCAGAACCCUAAGCUUCCUUAUAUUCACGGUAACCGGGUGUAAACUCUGCCCCAAAUAACCCCCCUCCUCCUCCUCCCCCCUACUGGGGCGAGCCGAACCUGGGAAAAAUAAUCUUUUAUUUGAUCAACUAUUUAAGAAAAAAAAACAACAACAAAAAAAACAGACAAAGAAAAGAAACAGCUUCUUUAAGUGCUGACAGCCUUUUUAACCAACUUCACAAAAAAUGUACAGAGAAAAAAAAAUGAGAACCAUAUUGUACAGAUAUAUGUGACCAGCACUCCUAAGGAAAUUAUUAAGCAAUGAGGAGACAUUGAACAACGCUGUACUAUAACAUUUUCUGUAAUGAUAUGAAACUGAUGAAAGAGACUAAGAUAAUAAAAAUCCUUGACGAUUAUGUAAAAAAAAAAAAAAAACAAGUUCUUGUUGGGUUUCCUUUUUUUUAAUAAAAUAUAUCUAAAGAAAAAGCGGUGACUUUCUUCUUUGGUGCUAAGAUGUGAGGCAGCAUCACCUAAAACUUAAAGACGUGUAUGGAUUUUUUAAUGAAUCAGCAAUGCCCUUACAAAACAACAUCCUAUACAUAUAUAUAUAUAUAUAUAUAUACAUAUAUAUGUGCAUGUGUAUAUCUAUACAUAUAUAUAUAUUUAUCAUUAUAAAAUCAUCAAAAUCAUCAAUCAUUCACAGCUAUGGACAGUUUAGAGCAGGGGCCUCAAACGCAAAAUGACCUGUAGGCCAGUGAACUUCUAGUCUGGUCAGGAGGUGAAAAAAGUCCAACAUUUUAGGCAAAAAUUUACUUUUUAGUGAUUAUAAAUUAAAGUAAUCAAUAAUCUUUAUAUUGCUGAUGGAGGAAGCUGGACUAUGUGCAGAAAAUCCAUGCAGACACAUGGAGAACAUAUCAACUCCACACCAAAGCAGCCCAGUUGCCAAAUUGGUAUAUUCUGGUUUUUCACAGUCUCUACUAUAUAUACUAUUAUAUAUUGUUUCCAAUAUUGUAUAUUCACAUAUGUUAAAAAGCUUGUUUAUUAUUUUUUUUUUUUUAUCUUUUACUUUUACUGUCUUUGUUGGUUUGACACUGUAAAUUUGUGCAAAAUUCCCUCCCCACGCUAAAAUAAACAUAACAUUAAAUACA